UUUUUCACUCUUUUAAAUUGAAGUUCGUACUUACUUUUGUCGGUGGAAAGAUUUUUUAUAAAAUGUAAAAUGAUUUAAAAAAAAUCUAUUUACAAUAGACAACACUUACUCUAAAUUCUAUAUUUAUUUCUGCUUGUACUCAAAUUCAGUUCGUUUAGUUUUUAACAGUUAAAUUUUGUAUUAUUGAGCUGAAUAAGCCCAUUGACGGUUGAUUUAUCAAUUAUAGUUUAUUUAAAACUGUGUAUACUGCAGCAUCAGAAUGUAAACUUUUGGUUUAUUUAAUAAAAAAUCCACUUUUAAUGUUUUCAGCUUGCAGGAAUAUGCUUUUCUAACAUUUUCUGACGCCACCUGUUUUUCGUCCUUUAUAUCAAGAAACAAUACUCCCUUUCUUUCAAAAAGAAUAAACCUAUUUCUUUUUUAGUUAGUUUAAAAAAGAAUGCCCCUUCUUGGGAAAGAAUUCAAUCUUAAUGAGAUAAUUUAUAGCCACACAAAUAUUCAUAGAUUUUUUUGGAUCACAAGUUUCAAUUUUUUUUUUUCCUUAGACUCUGCCUAUAGUCAAAUAGGUUCAAACAAAUUGAAACGGAGGGAAUACUACUCCCUUUGUCCUAAUGUUGUUUGACCGAGUAUAAACAAAAAUUAAUACUUUUGAAAUUUGUGAUUUAAAAGGAGUCAUAGAUAUUUGUGUGACUAUAAAUACAAAAUGAGAAGCUUAAAGUUAAAUUCUUUCAUCAUUCUUCUCGGACAGACUAAAAAAAAUCACAUAUAUUGGGAUGGAGGGAGUAAUACGUUAGUCUAGAAUUUCUAUGCUGGAGCAGGUCUGGACAAUGUCAGAAAACAACAUAUUGGUUUUAUUUGAUAAAAAAAUUGUUUUUGAAGUUUUCAACUUGUAAGGAAUAUGCUUGUAAAUGGGUUUCUGUCAAUGUGAUGCCGCAUAUUUUUCAUCCUCUAUAUCAAGAAUAAUACUGACCCCAAUUUCUGUGGCGUAGUUGUUGCUUUUACUAUAUCAAGAUUAAUAAUGCGGUACUAGUAGAUUUUCUAUCUCUGGACCAGGUUUAUAAGCGCAAACCUUUUUACUGCUUAACCGCCAUUUAGAAGAUGCUUUGUCCUUCCUUGUUUCCCGAAUUAGCAGCUAUCCUGCUUAUCGAAGAGGCAAUGUUUGCUAAAUUUAGCAUAAAUGAGUUCCUGAUUAAAACUUAGACACGGGACAAGACACCCGAUAGUUACAGUCCUUUUAUGUUUUGGGAUCCGAAGCACGUGAAGCAUUAAAAAAAAUGCAAGCAUUAGACCAGUUCGUAUUUUGCUUAUACUAAUACAAAAUUUUGUCACCUUCUGUUUUGGCUGUCUAUAUGAUCAUUUCAAACAUGAAUUUAUACAUUUCUGUGUCUGAUCUUAUGGAUGCUUAUCAUUUUUCUCGGUAAAAAACUUUAUUAAGUGAGUUGUUAUUUUCUCCCUAGCUCCUUGCUUCUCAAAUGUUGGACGGAGAUAUGUGGCCUCGCCAUCUGUCAUUGUAAUAGGUGGUGGGAUGGCAGGCCUUACAGCUGCUCGUACUCUUCAGGAUGAGUCAUUUCAGGUUACAUGGCGUCUGCAAAGAGAAUCCUUUGGCACCUCUUAUUGGAAAAUUAGGACUGCCUCUCUAUCGUACAAGUGGUGACAAUUCAGUCCUGUACGACCAUGAUCUGGAAAGUUAUGGGCUUUUUGACAUGGAUGGAAAUCAAGUUUGUCAGGACUUAGUUGCAAAGGUUGGCGAGACAUUUGAGAGCAUUUUGAAGGAGACUGAUCAAAUUAGGCAAGAAUCCAGUGAAGACAUGUCUAUCAGUCGUGCUAUAUCAAUGGUUUUCGAAAGGAGACCCGAUUUAAGGUUGAGUGGCCUUGCUCAUAAGGUGUUGCAGUGGUACCUAUGCAGAAUGGAAGGCUGGUUUGCCGCGGAUGCAGAUACCAUAUCACUCAAGUGUUGGGACCAGGAAGAAUUGCUUCCUGGUGGGCAUGGUCUUAUGGUCCGGGGAUAUAAGCCUGUCAUCAAUACACUAGCAAAAGGGCUUGACAUUCGGUUAGGUCACAGGGUUACAGAAGUUGUUAGACGUUAUAAUGGUGUGAAGGUAACAGUUGAGGAUGGGAGUUCUUUUGUAGCCGAUGCUGCCAUUAUUGCUGUUCCACUUGGUGUUCUAAAAUCAAAUUGCAUCAAGUUUGAACCAAGAUUACCUGAAUGGAAGGAGGCCGCCAUUAAAGAACUUGGUGUAGGAAUUGAGAACAAGAUUAUUUUGCACUUUCAAGACGUGUUCUGGCCAAAUGUUGAGUUCUUGGGAGUAGUUGCAGAAAGCUCAUAUGAGUGCAGUUACUUUCUUAAUCUUCACAAGGCUACUGGCCAUCCUGUCCUUGUUUAUAUGCCUGCUGGACAACUGGCCCGUGAUAUCGGGGAACUAUCAGAUGAGGCUGCUGCUAAUUUCGCAUUUAAGCAACUUAAGAGAAUCCUUCCUAAUGCGACUGCUCCAAUUCAGUAUCUUGUUUCUCAUUGGGGUACAGACACAAACUCACUGGGAUCAUAUAGCUAUGAUACAGUUGGGAAGCCCCAUGAUCUAUAUGAAAGGCUGAGAGUACCAGUGGAUAACCUAUUCUUUGCUGGGGAGGCAACGAGUUCAGAUUACCCAGGUUCUGUACAUGGUGCAUAUUCAACUGGAUUGCUGGCUGCUGAGGAUUGCAGGAUGCGUGUCCUGGAGCGACAUGGAGAGUUGGAUAUUUUCGAGCCCGUCAUGGGUGAGGAAACACUUAUUCCCAUUUUGAUUUCCAGAUUGUAACUCGUAGGUUCCGAUAUACAGAAACAGAAACACUAUGAAUUAGUUGCCAUAUGGGAUUGAGUUGACACAAUGUGGCUGGCUGCUUAACGAUAAAUUAUUGAAAUCACACGGUUUUUAAAUGAAAUUUCAGCAUCAGAUAACAUGAGUAGUCUCUCCCCGGUGAACUAGGUAAUAGAGGACAUUUUUGUAAUAUGGUGCUAUAGCUGUGAAUUGCAGCUUGUAGUGACACUGAGUUUAUACCUCUGAAUUUUUGUGGUUAAGAAGAUUAUUUUAUGAAUA